GUAGUAGAAGAAGCAAGCGUAACGUAUGGACGUGACACAAUACCAUUCUCAUUAUGCUGACUCCUCUCCACAUUUACUCUCUUUUUCCCUUUAUUAUUUUUGUCCUACAAAAACCAACAAAUUCCCGAAUCUUUUUACAAAGGUUCAGUGCAAAUGAUCGGUUUUAGUCACUUCAAUUCGUCGAAAUUUCUUAACUUGUGUGUUCAGUUUUUGGGGGUUCUGUUCAUUCCUUUUUCAAUUUCCUACAAGAGAAUGGCGGGGAAAGCUGGGGUUAAGCAGCCAACAUCUUCAUUUGACUUUGAGAUUGUUGAAGGUGUUUCUGAUCACCUUACAACUGUGGUGGCAUCUUCUAGCCAGAGUAGCCCAUGGAUUGAGCCUGCAACUAUUAAACUUAGACAUAGAAUUGGAAGGGGUGUUUUUGGCGAUGUUUGGUUAGCAACUCGUCACCAAACAACUGCAGAUUAUGACGAGUAUCAUGAAGUAGCUGUUAAGAUGUUGCAUCCUAUGAAGGAGGAUAACAUCAAUGUUGUCUUAGAUCGUCUGGCAAAUUUGUUUACUCAGUGUCAAGGACUACAACAUGUUUGCAUGCUUCAGGGACUCUCUGUGAUUAAUGGAAAGCUAUGCAUUGUCAUGAAGUUCUAUGAAGGUUCGAUUGGUGAUAAAAUGGCUCAUGUGAAGGGAGGAAAGAUGUCCUUGCAAGAUGUUAUCAGGUAUGGGACUGAUCUUGCUCGUGGGAUAAUGGAGCUACACUCUAAGGAGAUCUUGAUUCUUAAUCUUAAACCACAUAAUUUCCUUUUGAAUGAAAAUGAUGAUGCAGUUUUGGGGGACAUUGGGAUUCCUUAUCUGCUUCUUGGAGUUCCUUUGCUAAGUUCAGAUAUGUCAAGAAGACUUGGUAGCCCAAAUUACAUGGCUCCAGAACAAUGGCAGCCAGAAGUUAGAGGUCCCAUAUCCUUUGAAACGGAUUCAUGGGGAUUCGGUUGCAGCAUUGUGGAGAUGCUGACUGGUUCUCAGCCAUGGAGUGGUAAAUCAGUUGAUGAAAUACAUAAAUCUAUUGUACAGAGACAAGAGAAACCACAUAUUCCUGGAGGUCUCCCUCCUGCGGUGGAAAAUGUCAUAAUUGGUUGUUUUGAGUAUGAUUUCAGGAAUCGCCCGCUGAUGGGAGACAUAUUGCAAGCAUUCCUAAGUUCGCUGGAAACAGCUUAUGGUGAUGGGGGCUGGAGAGAUCUGGGAAGUCGUCUUAACUUGGACAAAUUAAGUGGAACUGGCUAUAUUAAGUGGUUGGUCCUGAAGGAUCAGCUUCAAAUUGGAGACACUGUGCGAUCCAGGAAGCCACCAAACUCGUGUAAACCUGAAAACAUGGAGGUACCCGAGGGUACCAUUGUUGGCAUGGAACGAGACACAGAACGAAACGGAUUUAUGCUGGUGAGGGUGCAUGGCAUCCAUGAUCCUCUUAGAGUUCAUGGAUCGACAUUGGAGCGUGUGACAUUUGGUUUGGCUGCAGGAGAUUGGGUACGUUUGAAGGAGGAUAGAAAGAAGCAUUCAUCGGUAGGUAUCCUUCACUCCAUUGGUCGUGAUGGAAACGUUGCUGUUGCAUUCAUAGGUCUUGAGACCUUUUGGAAAGGUAACUGCUCCGAGCUUCAGAUGGCAGAAGCUUACUGUGCUGGACAAUUUGUAAGGUUGAAGCCUGAUACUUUCAGUCCGCGCUUUGAGUGCCCCCAAAAACGAGGCGGUGACUGGGCAACAGGUAGAAUUUGUCAGGUGCUACCUAAUGGGUGUCUUGUGGUGAAUUUUCCCGGUAUGUUAGUGUUUGGUGAUGAAAAUAGCAGUUUCUUGGCUGAUCCAGCAGAAGUUGAAAUCGUUUCCUUUAACUCUAGUGCUGGUAUUGUGAAGAAAUAUCAACAUCUUGAGGACUUCCACUGGGCUGUUAGACCAUUGUUGGUUGCAUUAGGCCUAUUUACCGCCAUGAAGCUUGGCCUUUUUGUAGGAAAGAAAGUCGGGAGAUCAAAGGGGCGCAACCCGGUGAUACUCAUUGAAGGUCAACAAGGGGAGGUUCAAACUGCUGCUGGUAAUAAAGCAUGGCUUCCACCAAAGGUGGCAAAUAUCAUUUUCAGAGAAGGUACAAGUGUAACAACUACCUCUAGGUAAUCCUAAGUCUUUAUCAAUGCCAAGCUAAGAGGAUCACAUGAACAUCCUGUGGAAGUUGGAUGUCCUAUUUGCGACCUUAGCUUAGAGCAUGCAAAAGUCUGAUAAACAAGCACUUAAAUAAUUGUAAAUAGAUGGAUGGCUGUAUAUAUACUUUACUGUUCCUGUAUGGUAUUUUGACUUUCUA